CAUGCGCUAAGUGCGGGCACUGGCCACAGGACCCCCAAGAGUCCCACUGGUGCAGUGGCCAGAACUGUUGUGGGAUUGCCUGAGAAGACCGGAGCCCCUCUUGACCCAAGCCCACUCGCUGCAGUCCGGUGCCCGGCCAUGACCGUCACCUACUCAAGCCAGGUGGCGAAUGCCCGCUUAGGCUCCUUCUCUCGCCUGCUACUGUGCUGGCGAGGCAGCAUCUAUAAGCUGCUCUACGGCGAGUUCCUCAUCUUCCUGCUCAGCUACUACACUAUCCGAUUCAUUUACAGGAUGGCCCUCACGGACGAACAGCAGGUGAUGUUUGAGAAACUGACUCUGUAUUGCGACAGCUACAUCCAGCUCAUCCCCAUUUCCUUCGUGCUGGGCUUCUACGUGACGCUGGUCGUGACCCGCUGGUGGAACCAGUACGAGAACCUGCCGUGGCCCGACCGCCUUAUGAACCUGGUGUCGGGCUUGGUGGAGGGCAAGGACGAGCAAGGCCGGCUGCUGCGGCGCACGCUCAUCCGCUACGCCAACCUGGGCAACGUGCUCAUCCUGCGCAGCGUCAGCGCCGCGGUCUACAAGCGCUUUCCCAGCUCCCAGCACCUGGUGAAAGCAGGCUUUAUGACCCCGGCGGAACGCAAGCACUUGGAAAAGUUGAGCUUGCCUCACAACACGUUCUGGGUGCCCUGGGUGUGGUUUGCCAACCUGUCAAUGAAGGCGUGGAUUGGAGGUCGAAUCCGGGAUCCUGUCCUGCUCCAGAGCCUGCUAGACGAGAUGAACAUCUUGCGUACUCAGUGUGGACACCUGUUUGCCUACGACUGGAUCAGUAUCCCGCUGGUGUACACGCAGGUGGUGACCGUGGCUGUGUACAGCUUCUUCCUGGCUUGCCUGAUUGGGCGGCAGUUCCUGAACCCAGCCAAAGCCUACCCUGGCCACGAGCUGGACCUCGUUGUACCUGUCUUCACAUUCCUGCAGUUCUUCUUCUACGCUGGCUGGCUGAAGGUGAGAUUCUCUGCGGCAAGACCGGCUGUGGUCGUGGCUAGAAGGGUCAUGGCCGGCCAGGAAAGGAGAGUCUCAAAUGUGGAACGUCGGGUGCUGGGCCCGCACUACGACCCUCUGGUCUGCUCCUUCCCCAUGUCUUUACAUAUGAAGAAACUGAGACCCAGAGAGGAGUGGGACCCACCUGAGGCCAGUCCUCCAACAUCUAUCUCUCUUGCUCAAGUCCGGCUUUGGUCUUUUGUCCCCUAUUUAACCCUGAGUCUCAUGCUUCUUUCCAGUAUGCAUAAGGAAGACAUGGAGGAGGAGGGCACUCACACUGGCAUCAUUGGCCGCUUCCUAGGGCUACAGUCCCAUGACCACCAUCCCCCCAGGACAAACUCAAAGACCAAACUACUGUGGUCCAAGAAAGAAGGCCUUCUCCAUGAGGGCCAGCCCACGAAACUUGGGGGUGCCAGGCAGAACUCUAGGGACCAAGAAGACAGCAAGGCCUGGAAGAUUAAGGAGGAGGAUGCUUUCGAGACUGCUGCACUGUACGGGAGGUCAGGCUACCACAGUGCCCCACAGACACCCCUCAGCCACACACCUAUGAUCUUCCCACCUGGACAGUCAGCACCCUCAAGCCUUCGCAGAGUCUCGGGCAUAGAUGGCGCUGUCAAAGACCAAAGCCUACAGCCUGUGACUCCAGGGACAAAGACCAGUUUUGAAUUGCUCUCAGAUAGUAUCGGGUCCUCAGCAGAGGACCCAGAAUCGGGUCACACAAAGAGGAAAACUGUUGAGUUUAACCUGACGGGCACGUCGGAGACCCCUGAACAUCAUCUUGGAGAAUCACAUUUGGACCAGUCAACUAACCUACACAGUGUACUCAAAGGUCACGAGGAUCCCUAUUGGGCCUUGGAAAACAGGUCUGUCUUCUACCUUAACCUGGGUCACUUCACCUGCCCCCUCCCAUAUGGGUGGGAAAUACCACCACCUUCCCUUGCUGUGAUUCUACCCUUCUUCCACUCCUGGGAGCCCAUUUUCCUAUGGUCCCAUCACUGCCAGAGCAUGCUGGACUUACAUCCAGCAUUGGCUUGGGGCACACACCUGGCCACCUCAGCAAAGGACCACUGA